GCCCCCGGAAGUGAGCGAGCUCUUCCGGAAGUGAUCGUCCGCUGUGGCUGGGGGCUCGUGCUCGACGGACGCCGCCGCGGAGCCGCCGCACCGGGGAAUGACGUGCUGGACUCCGGACUGAUGGCGUCAGGUACGGCGAGCCGCUCUGAAGACGAGGAGUCGCUGGCGGGACAGAAAAGGAGCUCGUCACAGGUCUCGGGCUCCAUCCCCAAACGGCGGAGCUCCUCCAGGUUCAUCAAGAGGAAGAAGUUUGAUGAUGAGCUGGUAGAGAGCAGCCUCGCCAAGUCGUCCAGCCGGGCCAAGGGGCCCAGUGGGGUGGAGCCAGGCCGCUGCUCGGGCAGCGAGCCCUCCUCCAGCGAGAAGAAGAAGGUCUCCAAAUCCGUCUCUGCACCCGUCACCCCGAGCCCGGUCCCGAACUCCAGCCUCCCCAAGCGGAUGAAGAAAAGCAAACAGCCCCUGCAGGUGACGAAGGACUUGGGCCGCUGGAAGCCUGCGGACGACCUGCUGCUCAUCAAUGCUGUGCUCCAGACCAACGACCUGACCUCGGUCCACCUGGGCGUCAAGUUCAGCUGCCGCUUUACGCUGCGGGAGAUCCAGGAGAGGUGGCACGCGCUGCUCUACGACCCGCUCAUCUCCAAGCUGGCCUGUCAGGCCAUGCGACAGCUGCACCCCGAAGCCAUCACUGCCAUCCAGAGCAAGGUGCUGUUCAGCAAAGCCGAGGAGCAGCUGCUGAGCAAGGUGGGAUCGACCAGCCAGCCCACGCUGGACACCUUCCAGGACCUGCUGCACGAGCACCCUGAGGCGCUGCACCCUUCGCGCACGGCCAAGGCCCUGCAGGUCCACUGGCAGCUGAUGAAGCAGUACUAUCUCCUGGACGACCAGACAGGUACGGCCCGCCCGCCCCACCGCCAGCCCUUCCCCCGCGGCUGGGCCCGGCACGAGAGCCUGGAACCGGGGCCCGAGUCACCAGGCUGGGCCCCGAGAGCGCGGGGGGCUUGUGCUGACGCUGGGACUGUGCUAAGCCCUCCCCCCGCCCUGUGCUUCCGUUCAGUGCAGCCGCUUCCCAAGGGGGACCAGGUGCUGAACUUCUCGGACGCGGAGGACAUGAUCGACGACAGCAAGCUGAAGGACGUGCGCGACGAAGUGCUGGAGCACGAACUGACCGUGGCCGACAGGCGCCAGAAGCGGGAGAUCCGGCAGCUGGAGCAGGAGCUCCACAAGUGGCAGGUGCUGGUGGACAGCAUCACGGGAAUGAGCUCCCCGGACUUUGACAACCAGACCCUGGCGGUGCUCCGGGGGAGGAUGGUGCGUUACCUCAUGCGCUCCCGAGAGAUCACGCUGGGCAGAGCCACGAAGGACAAUCAGAUUGACGUGGACUUGGCGCUGGAGGGCCCUGCCUGGAAAAUCUCCCGCAAGCAAGGCGUCAUCAAGCUGAAGAACAAUGGGGAUUUCUUCAUCGCCAACGAGGGCCGGCGGCCCAUCUACGUGGACGGGCGCCCCGUGCUGGGGGGCAGCAAGUGGAAGCUCAACAACAACUCGGUGGUGGAGAUCGCCAGCCUGCGCUUCGUCUUCCUCAUCAACCAGGACCUGAUUGCCCUCAUCAAAGCCGAAGCUGCCAAGAUCCCCCAGCAGUGAGGGGCCCUGCUACUGUCAGGUGACUGCUGGCUUCACCCGCUGCAGGCUCCCGGCCCCCUCCUUUCCCCGGAGGCUGGGCCUGCCCCUGGGGCCGCCCGCUCCCCUCUGGCUGGGGGGCAGAGCACAAAGGUGCCCGCGGCUGCACCUCCUGUCACGCGGCGGGGGCCCGACUGCACAGUGUUACCUUCCAAAUAAAUGUGUCCAACCUGC